GAACCGGAAAGUGAAUUACUCAAAACAGGAAAUACAAAAAAACCCAAGACAUACGAGCCUUUGUGGCCAGCUGUGGCUCCGUUUUCUAGCUAGUGUUAAUCUUUCGUUGUUCAUCUUUUUAUUGUUAAAAGACGAAUUCAUUCAUUUGUUUUUCUUGUUGAACUAAAACGCCACAUUUUCAAGAUGGGGGGCGGCGAUCUGAACUUGAAAAAGAGCUGGCAUCCCCAGACUAUGAAAAACAUUGAGCGUGUUUGGAAAGCUGAGCAAAAAUAUGAGGCUGAACGCAAGAAGAUUGAGGAGCUCCAGAAAGAGCUGAGACAAGAACGAGCUCGAGAGGAAAUGACCAAAUAUGCAGAAGAAACCGGUGCCAUCAAAAAGAAAGAUGAUCGCCUGGACUGGAUGUACCAGGGUCCUGCUGGUCAGGUGUCCAGAGAUGAGUAUCUUAUGGGGCGUCCCAUUGACAAGCAGAUCACAGAUCAGUACGAGGAGCCUGAGAGCGGUCCAUCAGCUGAGACCGGCCUCCUGCCUGGUUCCAUCUUCAGCCCCACUACCCCUGCCUCCAGUCUUGAUCUGGCUGCCAAGAUCAGGGAAGAUCCCCUGUUCGCAAUCAGGAAACGUGAGGAAGAAAAGAAGAGAGAAGUCCUGACUAAUCCAGUGAAGAUGAAGAAAAUUAAAGAAAUGCUGCGCCAGAACCUCGAAAAGAAAGACAAGAAAAAGAAGAGGAAGAAGGACAAAAAGGAGAAAAAAGGAGACAAAGAGAAGAGAAAGGAGAAGCAUAAAAGAAAGAGUUUGAGUUCAGAUGAGGAAGAUGAGAAAAAACACAGGUCACAUUCAUCACGAGACAAAUCUUCAGCAGACACCAAGUCUCAUUCCCAUCAUCAUCUAAACUAUGGCCUACAGCUCCCUGCUGGCAGUCAUCAUCAGUCCUCAGCUCGCUCAAAUCACUCAACACACCGUGAGAGAAGCCGCUCCCGAUCACCUCACAGGGACUACAGGAACAAACACCCCUCUUCCUCACACAGAAGCAACAGAAAGGUUGAGCCCAGAAUGUCCAGCCCACAGAGAGAGCAUUACAUGAGACAGAGGAACCUUGUGUCCAAGAAGCUCUCAGCUGAAGAGCUGGAGCGCAAGAGGCGGGAGAUGAUGAACGAAGCUAAGCAGAGAGAGGAGGACAGGGAAAAUAAUGUGAAGAGAUACAAGAGGCAAGAGGAGCAGGAAAAGCAGCGGGAACAAAAUGCCAAGGAUGACCGCCAUGCUGGCUUCAUCCAUAAUAUGAAGUUGGAGAGUGCUUCCACCUCUUCCUUAGAAGAUAGAGUAAAGAGGAACAUCCACUCUAUUCAAAGGACGCCAGCCUCCCUGGAUAAUUUUAUGAAGAGAUGAAAACACAACACUUUUACCACAGAGUGUAUGAAACUGACUAGAAGCAUUUGUCAAGUGUAUGCAAUUCACUCCUUCAUUUUUCUAUUUACUGUAGAGGUAGAAGGAUGGAUGGUAUGGUGAUAAUCUGUCAUGAGAUCAAAACACAUUGAUGGCUCCAGGCUGACCCAUGGAUUUUAUUUUGGAAAAACCGGUUCUACAAUAAUUUUUAUUUCAGACAAACACAAAAUGUCUACCAGGACUUAUCUGUUCUACUUACCAAUACAGCUUUAAGGUUCAUGUGAUCUGAACUUCGUACAGUGCAUUGUUUUGGUUUUUACAGUAAUAACGGGACCUACUUUUAACUCAAAUGUUUUUGUAAUAUAUGCUUGUUACUUGGUAUACUCCUGUGAGUAGCAGCUGGAAUAAAAAUAUAUUUGCAGAGCUGUGAUUCAGAUUAAACAUGCACAAAUCUCCCCAAAUGUUCAGAUAAAUACAAGCAUAAUCAAUGGAACAGUUCCAUCUUAAAUAAAAUUAAUGAUUUGUCUUGUUGCCUGUACCAAACCUAAUAUAAUUAGACCUUACAUUA